AUGAAGCAUAUGUUUCUAAUUCUAGUUUUCUUAGUUCUUUAUGUAGAAGCAGAUGAUGAUGGGUUUGUGAAAACAAGAGGAGUACAGCUUAUGCUGAAUGAGACCCCUUAUUAUGCCAAUGGUUUUAAUGCAUAUUGGUUAAUGUACAUUGCUUCUGAUCCAUCUCAAAGAAACAAAGUAACAUCAACUUUUCAAGAGGCUGUGAACCAUGGACUUAACAUAGCUAGAACUUGGGCUUUCAGUGAUGGUGGUUAUAAACCACUGCAAUACUCUCCUGGAUCCUACAAUGAGGAAAUGUUCCAGGGAUUGGACUUUGUGAUGGGUGAAGCUAGAAAAUAUGGGAUGAAGGUGAUUUUGAGUUUGGUGAACAACUAUGAGAGUUUUGGUGGAAAGAAACAAUAUGUGGAAUGGGCAAAAAGUGAGGGACAGUCCAUAAAUUCUGAAGAUGACUUCUUCACUAAUGAUGUUGUGAAGGGUUACUAUAAAAACCACAUUAAGACGGUGCUUACAAGACAUAACAACUUCACUGGAGUUGCUUAUAAAGAUGACCCUACUAUAAUGGCUUGGGAGCUUAUGAAUGAGAUUAGAUGCUCUUCAGAUCAUUCAGGAAAUUCAGUUCAGGGUUGGAUUAGUGAGAUGUCAUCUUACUUGAAAUUUAUAGAUGGAAACCAUUUGCUCGAAGCUGGUUUAGAAGGUUUCUAUGGACAGUCAAAGACAGAGUCUAAUCCUAACUUCCAAGUAGGAACCGAUUUUAUUGCAAACAACCAAAUCUCCAACAUCGAUUUUGCAACACUACAUUCCUACCCGGAUCAAUGGUUAUCAAGUUCGGGCUAUGAAGACCAACUCUCUUUCUUAAGUGAGUGGCUCAAUGAGCAUAUCCAAGAUGCACAGAACAUCCUUCACAAGCCACUUCUAUUUGCAGAAUUUGGAAUUUCCACUAAAAACUUGGGCAAUAAUAGCUCAACACUGAGGGAUAAGUUUUUCAAUACAGUAUAUUCAGCUGUAUAUUCAUCGGCAAGUGGCGGCGGAACUGCUGUUGGUGGCUUAUUUUGGCAACUUCUUGCUCAAGGGAUGGAUUCUUUCCGAGAUGAUUACGAAGUGAUAUUAGCUGAGAGUCCCUCCACAUCAACCUUGAUUUCUCAAGAGUCUCGAAAACUAAGACGUAUUCGCAAGAUGUACGCCAAGCUUCACAAACAUUGA